UCCAUGUGAAUCCAGCCUAAGUUGUGCGCGCGCACGCGCGUCGCCCCGUGGCGGGAACCGCAUGUGGCGCAUUACGGCGAGGUACGGCACGCGCCGGAAGCAAACGACUCCAAUAUGGCGAAUGUGAGGGACAGCGAUACGUCGUUAUGGCUGCAUAAUAAGCUCGGUACAUCGAACGACAGCUGGACCGGCAGCUCGAUCUGCUCGCAACUCAAUGCCGAGGUGUUGCGGAACAUCAAGGAUUGUUUUCCCGACCUGCAGACGCAGGUCAAGCUCAAGUUGCUACUGUCGUUCUUUCACAUACCCAGGCGCAAUGUUGAAGAGUGGCGGGUGGAGCUGGAGGAGAUCAUUGAGGUUGCGUCUCUGGACAGCGAGCUGUGGGUAUCGAUGCUAUCCGAAGCGAUGAAGACCUUCCCGUCGACUGGUUCUUUAAAUACAGACAUCACCGACCUGGACGAGCACAGGCCGAUUUUCGGCGACUUGGUCAACGAUCUGCGGAAGCUUCUCAAGAAGCAGAAUGAUCCCAAUAUGCUUCCCCUGGAGUGUCACUAUCUCAACAAGACUGCGUUGACGUCGGUGGUGGGUCAGCAGCCCACGCCAGUCAAACAUUUCACUCUCAAGAGGAAACCAAAGAGCGCAGCCUUGAGAGCAGAGUUGCUACAGAAGAGCACCGACGCCGCUAAUAAUCUCAAGAAGAGCACAGCUCCCACUGUACCGGUGAGGAGCAGAGGGAUGCCGAGGAAAAUGACUGACACGACGCCCUUGAAAGGCAUCCCGAGCAGAGUGCCGACGAGCGGUUUCCGGUCCCCGUCGCUCACAAACACUUCCGUGACUAAUAGAACAUCGAUCAGCAGUAGAAUUCGAAAGGAUGGCGGUAUUAAAUUGCUGGACAUUAACGAGCAGCCCCUCGGUUACGCGCAGGCGAAGAAGAGGAAAAAGAUGCUGGAGAUGGAGGAGCAGCAGAAGAAAGUCGCGGAAGCGCAGGCGGCCGCCGCGGCGGCCGCAGCUUCGGCGGCCUCGCCGGUCGCGGAAACCCCGACAACGCCCGAGUACGCGCAGGGAUUGGCCUCGAUAAAUCCGCCCGCCACGCCGGUUUCAGCCCCCGUGGUAGCCACAACGCCAACCUACACCGCGCCCAGCACGCCGAGCAGCAUCUCUGUUACGACUACGCAGCAAACACCCACUACGUUAACCACCACCACUACCACCACCACCACCACAGCGCCCACCACUGUGCUGGCAGUGGCUACACCAACGGUGAUAACGCCUGUGGAAAGUACGCCGGUCGCCGUGCAAACAACAGUCAGACCGGCUCAGACAGUUACACAGAUUCGUAUACAGACCACCACGCAACCUAACGCGGCUAAUCCAAGAAAAGGCCUAUCUCUCACGCGAGAACAAAUGUUGGAGGCGCAAGAAAUGUUUAGAACUGCGAACAAGGUCACUCGUCCAGAGAAAGCUCUUAUUUUAGGUUUCAUGGCUGGUUCUAGGGAUAAUCCUUGUCCAAAAUUGGGCAAUAUAGUCACGGUGAUGCUCUCGGAGAAUAUAGAAGAAGUAACGCAAUCGGACGGAACAACUGUCCCCAUGUUAGUCGAAACGCAUUUCCAAAUGAAUUACACGAACGGCGAGUGGAAGAGGAUAAAGAAGAAUCGGCGAAUCGUGACGGAGGAGUCUACAUCGACGUCCACUCCCGCGCCGACCGCGACAGCCACGGCUUCCAAUUAAACUUGUUCAAAUCGCUGAAAUACAGAAUUUAUAUGUGUAUGGAGUAUCGUUUUGUGGUUACUGGAAGAUAACGAACAUUGUGAUCACAUACGUCUUCUUAGUGAAUUGAUUAAGUUACUAAAUUCGAUUCGUGUUUAAAAUCUAACAGGGAUCGUUGAACAAUGACUUUUGACUUGUCUUCUUCUGAUAUAAAACUGGCUUUUUUUUUAUUUUCCCGCAUCAUUGUAUAAAUCUCGAUAAUUUUCAUAUAUUGAGAUUUGAGUUAAGUGAAAAGAAUUCAUUUGCUUUCCGAAUAGUUUUGCUGUAACAAUAAUAAUUUCUGUAUCGAGAUAUAAGUAAUGUAUAUGGUUUAUAGCUUAUAUUGUUUUGAAAUUAUACAUAAUUUGAUAGAAAUAAUAUGCAAUGUGAAUAGUCAAACGUUUAUUUAAUAAUACUAUUAAAAUCUAGAUAUAUAUAUAUACACACACACAUAUAUAUAUUUUAAUAAGAAUGAACAUAAGACUUCUAUAAUGCUGUUAUUUGAAUAAACGUAUGAUUCUAUUUCUGU